AUGAAGAAACACCUGUCUUCUGCUACCACCUCUUUGAAGAUGUGGUACUCAUUGCCAAAGCUUCUCAUGUUCUUCUUUGUUUUUGCUGCCUUUUCUUUUCCCUCCAUUUCAUCGCCUUAUCCACCACCUUCUAAUCACUUCUCUUAUCCAGUUUCAUCGCCUUCUCCACCUUAUGAUCAAAGCUCUUAUUCUGAUCACUGUGAUUCAAUUGUUCGCUGGUCAAAACCAAGAACAUAUGUAGCUUCUCAAAUCCUCAACCGCCAUACAGGUUACUACACUGGUGGAAGUGGAAUUCUUGGUCAAAAAUCAUCAUUUCCGCCUUUUCACGAGCCUGAAGAUUCAAUUCAGUUCAACUUCUGGAGUGUUCAAAAAACUUAUGUACCAGGCUUGUUCAUGAUUGAAGGAAGUCUUCUAUUUCCAAGAAGCAGUGUGUCUUACUAUGUGGGAAAUGUCUCAAAAAGUCAUCGACCAAGUUCGGUAAGCUUUAAACUAAGUGGAUUCUGGUCAGAAUCUUCUGGGAAGAUUUGCAUGGUUGGAUCAAGUUCUAAUUACUUGGGACAUGGUCGUUGGCUUUAUUAUUCUGCUGUUCUUAAGCUUUAUAAUGUCAUGAAUUCCACUAAUGUUACUAGUUUGAUUAGUGGAACCUUAGAGAGCCCGAUGAAAUCUAAGAGCAAUCCACAGUAUUUUGAACCAGUCUCGAUUUUGAUAAUUCCUCGUAUAAAUUACGAGUACUCUUUGGUGUCAAAUAAAUCUGAUAACAGUUGUUCUGGUGGAAGAAAUAUUCACCCAAGUUCUUUGCCGAUAGAGACAGUUUGUCCAGUGCUUUCAAGAGUAAGAAGACAUGAGUUUGAGCUCAAAUACUCAAGUCAUUGCCGUUCUGCAAAGAACUGCUCUCCGGUUGCUGCUUCUGAUUUACCUCACAUUUUGUCGUUGAAGGCUAUUGAGUGCUCGGAGAACACAAAAAGGAUGAGAGUUCAAGUUGAAUUUGGAGACAGUAGCAAUCCCUGGUACCGGAGGCCCUUUUAUCCCAAUACAACAUUGGUUGGGGAAGCAUCAUGGGAUGCAAAGAACAAUCAGCUAUGUGUUGUUGCUUGUCGAAUCUUGAAUGCAACAGAUUCUAUCACUAAUAGUACUCAUGUGGAUGAUUGUUCAACAAGAUUGAGCUUGAGGUUUCCUGCAAUAUGGACGAUCGGAAAGACAAGUAGCACUGUGGGCCAUAUUUGGAGCAACAAAAAUGCGACAGAGUUGGGUUACUUUGAAAGCAUCACAUUUGAAAGUCCUCAGAAUUAUAUUGGAAGGUUUCUACCUCCAGGCUUGAAAUAUGAGUAUACUAAACUUGACAAAGUAACCAAGAUGUGCCCGAGAAAGAAGGGUGCUCAUCGCAAGACCUACAAAUAUCCAAAACCGCUUUCUUAUGACAUGCGAUUUGGCAUGCAAGUCAAAUACAAAGGGGAGGUUGCAUGGGGCAGUGCUGCUCCUGUCUCCAUCGGAAACAGGUUUUACCAUCGUUAUGGAUAUUUAAAUGGUGCAAGCAGGGAACGCUUUGUACCUCCUGUGAGCUACAGCUACAACGACAUCCCUGUCAACAUCAGCUACCAAAUAAGCAUCAAUUUCAAUCAGUUGGGAAAUGUAAUUUCUAAACUGAAAAGAUCUUCAAAUUCAAGUGAAGUGAAAAUUUAUGCUGAAGGGAUCUACGAUCCUACUGAUGGAUGCCUGUGUAUGGUAGGAUGCAGAAAUCUGGGCCCAGACAGUCAACAAGAAGCAGAUGAUUCUGUAGAUUGUGAGAUUCUUGUCAAAUUUCAGUUCCCUCCAACAAACAAAAAGAAUGCAGAUGUUAUCAAGGGCAGCAUUGAAAGCACACGGAAAGAGUCCGAUCCUCUUCAUUUUGGAAGUUGGGGUUUGUCUUCAGAUUCUAUUACUGUAGUUGUAGCAGAGCGAUCCAUUUGGAGGAUGGAUGCAGAGAUUACCUUGGUUUUGAUAUCUACCACACUUGCAUGUGUAUUUGUGGCAUUACAACUCUUCCAUGUGAAAAAACAUCCCGACGUGCUUCCCUCCAUUUCCACUUUCAUGCUACUAAUUCUAAGUCUGGGCUACAUGAUACCUCUAAUGCUAAACUUGAAAGCCAUGUUCGUGAAUAACACCAACGUUCAACAUGUGCUCCUUGGAGGCGGUGGAUGGCUUGAAGUUAACGGGGAAAUUGUAAGAGCAGUAACAAUGGUAGCUUUUUUGUUGCAAAUCCGUCUUCUGCAGCUAACAUUGGCAGAAAGAUCACAAAAUGAAACCCGAAAGGAGCUCUGGCUAAAGGAAAGGAAGUCUCUCUUUGUGGUUUUACCUGUAUAUGCUGCAGGGGCUUUAGCUGCUUUCCUUCUGCAUAGACAGAAAUGGACCAAAAGCCACAAAAUUGGCGCCGCAACUUCCUAUCCAGACCAUUCAAUUUUGGGUGCUGCCUUGAAGUCUUAUGCCGGUUUAGUGAUGGAUGGUUUUCUGCUACCUCAGAUACUGCUCAACAUGUUCUGUGAAUCGAAGGAAAAGGUUCUGUCUGUUUGGUUCUACAUCGGAACAACUUUUGUUCGAGGUCUGCCGCAUGCAUAUGAUCUGUACAGGGCUCACAACUCCGCUCUUCGCCAAUGGAAUCAUUCGCACAUUUAUGCAAGUUCUGCUGUAGACUUUUACUCCACUGCUUGGGAUGUCCUUAUUCCGUUCGGAGGUCUGCUGUUUGCUGGCAUCAUUUUCUUGCAGCAGAAGUUUGGGGGUCUUUGCGUUCUUCCUCCAAAGUUGAGAGAUUUUAUUGCAUAUGAGAAGGUUCCGACUGUCGCCGAAACUGAAGGGUAA